GCUUGUCAGCUCAGAAACCACAGUUGACUUCGACUUCUCCACCAAUCAAUCCACUACACUUAAUUCGAACACAGUGUAAAUCGUGUGCGUGCGUUUUAAUACAAGCGAGUGACACAAAGUUCCCAAAAAAAAAAAAAAACCAACCUCGAACGACUACCACAAUCCUCCGCCGCUCAACGUAAAACGCGUCUUAACGACAGUAUGAAAUAUCUGAUCGUACUCAGCCUGAUCGCAGCUGUCACCGCUGCUCCUGGAUAUUUGGGUUUGGGUGGUUUGGGUGGUUUGGGUCACGAGUCGUAUGCGGCGCCUGCCUUAAGUUAUGGUCAUGCCGCUCCAGCCAUCAGCUAUGCUGCUGCCGCCCCUGCCAUUAGCAUUGGUCACGCCGCUCCGGCUAUUAGUUACGCUGCACCAGCGAUCAGUUAUGCUCCAGCGCCUGUCGUCAAAGCAUACGCUGCACCCGCUGUAGUUGCUGCGCCUGCUAUAGUCAAGGCAGCACCGGCCGCCACCAGUUACUCCACCUUCAGCCAGGUCAUACAACACGCCGCACCAGCUGUUGUUAAAGUGGCUGCACCUGCACCAGUGGCCAUAGCAGCACCAGUCGUCAAAUAUGCCGCACCCGCCAUUUCAUAUGCUGCACCUGCGCCCGCCAUCUCCUACGCUGCUGCCCCAGCCAUUUCAUACGCCGCACCAGCCAUUAAAUAUGCCGCACCCGCGAUCUCGUACGCUGCACCUGCUCCGUCCAUUGUGAAAUAUGCCGCUGCACCAGCAAUCAGUUACGGACACUACGGCGGUGGUUACGGUUACGGUCACUAAGGACAUUAAAACAGCCAGAAAAAGCACUCAGCGAAAGCAAAGAAAAAAUCAACUUCACAAAUAAUAAUUGUUGCAAGGAUAUAUGGAAUUAUGGAUAACAGGCUUUACGUUUAUGCGUUGGGUCGCCAGCAGGCGUCUAAUGCUUUUAAGAAUUUGCUCUAAUUAUACUUUUGGUAGUCACUAAAUGGUUUAAUAGGAUUUUCUAUGAUCCACAGGAUCUAAAUAAUAUUUUCCCCUCUUAAGAAAUCCUCAUAAGGGAUUUCACUUUACAAUGCAUUUCUUAUUAUUAUUAUUAUUACUAUUACCGUUGUUAGAGAUGAAUUACAUACAAAUGUGUCGACAAUUAGAACAACAACUCAGUAUUCAUCUGUACAAUAAUGUUUUAUAAUAACAACAACAGCAACAAGAACAACAACAACAAGAACAACAAACAACAAGUACGACAGCAAGCAGCCGCACAUGAACACAUUCAUACACAUAUGAAAAAUAUGUACGUAUGUAUGAAGACAACAGAUGAGAGAGAGAGAGGAAGAUAUGUGUAUAAAAGAGCGAUAAGGAAGUUGGAGAAAAAUCUUCAUUAUUUGCAUUAAUCUCUAUUUCAAAUGUAUUUAACUAAAUAAAUAAAUAAUUUUGAAACAUAA